GCUAUAUUUAAGGCCUGUACAGGCUCCAGCAUCGCAUUCUUGUCCCGGUCCCUGCUGAGUCCGGGGCAAGCAGAGAGCAGGGACCCUCUCGUCCUCUGGAAUCUUCUCCCCAGAGACACCUACGUGGGCACGGCUGCUUCUGUUGUUGCUCUCACAGCCAUGACUCUGCCACACAACCCUGGACGUGUGGGGGAGCCCCAGCCCCCUCAGGCCAUGGAGGUCCACAGGCUGGAGCACCGCCAGGAGGAGGAGCAGAAGGAGGAGAGGCAGCACAGCCUGCACGUGGGCUCCUCGGUGCACAGGCGGACCUUCCACAGCAGCGAGGAAGAACACCAGUUCACUGCUGCGGACCACGCCCUCGCAGCAGCCCUGGCACUCACGGCCUCCGCGGAGACAUCUUGGGAGGCCCAGCUCAGGCGCCAGACUACCUCCGUGGAGCUGGAGGAGCGAGGGCAGAAGCGGGUGGGCUUCGGCAACGACUGGGAGAGGACGGAGAUCGCCUUCCUGCGGACCCAGUGGCUGCUGCGCCAGAGAUGCAACCGGAAGGCGCUAAGACGGCGGACAGAAGAGAAGGUCCGGGAGGCCAAGGAGCUGAGAGAGCUGUGCUCCGGCCGGGGGCCCUGGUUCUGGAUCCCACUGCGCUCCCACGCCGUCUGGGAGCACACCACAGUCCUGCUGACCUGUACUGUCCAGGCCUCACCCCCACCCCAGGUCACCUGGUACAAAGAUGACAUGCGAAUCGAUCUCCGCCUCUUCCCUGCGGGAAAGUACCGAAUCACCAACAACUACGGGCUGCUGACGCUGGAGAUUAGGAGAUGCACCAUUGAGGACGCAGCCACCUACACGGUGAUCGUGAAGAACGCCUAUGGCCAGGCCUCCUCCUUCGCCAAAGUCCUCGUCCGCACUUACCUGGGGAAGGAUGCUGGCUUCGACUCAGAGAUCUUUAAAAGAUUGAAACUUGGCCCCAACGUGGAAUUCACAUCAGUGCUAAAGCCAACUUUUGCCCGUGAGAAGGAGCCCUUCUCCCUGUCCUGCUUAUUCUCAGAAGAUGUGUUAGAUGCUGAGCAGAACAUUCAGUGGUUCCGAGAUGGAAGGCUGCUGAGGCCCUCAGGACGCCGGCAGAUCCUCUACGCAGACCGCCAGGCAUCCCUGAAGGUGUCCUGCGCCUACAAGGAGGACGAGGGGCUCUACACAGUCUGGGUGCUUUCACCCCUUGGGCCCCAGGAGCAGAGCACCUAUGUGUUUGUGAGAGAUGCUGCAGCUGAGAAGCCGGGGGCCCCGGGCUCCCCUCUGAAUGUCCGAUGCCUGGAUGUGAACAGAGACUGCCUCAUCCUGACCUGGACCCCGCCCAGCGACACCAGGGGCAGCCCCAUAACCAGCUACUCCAUCGAGCAGUGCCAGGGCGAGUCCGGGCAAUGGGUACCCUGCCAUGAGGCCCCCGGCGGGACCUGUCGAUGCCCAGUCCAAGGCCUCAUCGAAGGCCAGACCUACCGCUUCCGGGUGAGAGCUGUCAACAGAGCAGGAAGCAGCCUCCCCUCCAAGGCCUCAGAACCAGUCGUCAUGGUCGACCGUGCUGAAGCCCAGAGGAAGACAGAGAUUUCCUUUGAUCUGGGAAGGAAGAUCACGGUCAGCACAGAUGAAUUUGAAGAUUUUGUGACCAUCCCCUCACCUCCGACCAAUGUCCAUGCCAGCGAGAUCCGUGAGGCCUACGUGGUUCUGGGCUGGGAGGAGCCGCGUCCCCGGGGCAAAGCCCCGUUGACAUAUUCCCUGGAGAAGUCAGUCACAGGUAGUGGCACCUGGGAGGCCAUCCGCUCAGAAACUCCUGUGAAGUCCCCAAAAUUCGCCCUUUUGGAUCUGGAGAAAGGGAAGUCAUACGUGUUCAGAGUGCGAGCAAUAAACCAGUACGGCAUGAGUGACCCCUCGGAGCCCAGCGAGCCCAUCACCUUGAAGGGGAAGCCAGCUACUCUCCCUCCUCCAGCUCAAGUUCAAGCUUUCAGAGAUACACAGACCUCUGUGUCCCUGACCUGGGAUGCAGUGGAAGGCGGUCCUGAGCUCCUAGGUUACUACAUUUACUCACGGCCGGCGGGAUCAUCUGAGUGGCAAACAGUUAACAACAAACCUAUCCAGGACAACAAGUUUACAGUUCCUGGGCUGAGGACAGGGAAGGAGUAUGAGUUCUGUGUCAGGUCAGUCAGUGAGGCCGGGGUUGGCGAGAGUUCAGCUGCCACAGAGCCCAUCAGAGUCAAGCAGGCGCUGGCUACACCGUCUGCCCCAUAUGACUUCGCCCUCCUGAGCUGUGGGAAAAAUGAUAUGGUCAUUGGGUGGAAAGCCCCCAAGCGUUGUGGAGGUGGCAAGAUCCUGGGCUACUUCCUGGACCAGCACGACCCGGAGGAGCUGGACUGGCACCCGGUCAACCAGCAGCUUAUGCCCACCCGGGUGUGCAAGGUCAGUAACCUUCAUGAAGGCCACUUCUAUGAGUUCCGUGCCCGGGCAGCAAACUGGGCAGGUGUUGGUGAGCUGUCAGCGCCCAGCAGCCUGUUUGAGUGCAAAGAGUGGACAAUGCCCCAGCCAGGACCCCCGUAUGAUGUGCGGGCGUUUGAGGUGCGGGCCACUUCCCUGAUGCUGAGGUGGGAGCCCCCACUGUACACGGGGGCUGGGCCCGUCACAGGCUACCGCAUCAGUUUCCAGGAGGAAGGCUCUGAGCAAUGGAAGCCAGUCACUCCAGACCCCGUCUCUGGCACCCAUCUGAGGAUUUCUGACCUGCAGCCGGGGAAGAGUUACGUGUUCCAGGUACAGGCCAUGAACUCAGCGGGUCUGGGCCAACCAUCCGUGCCCAGUGACCCUGUACUCCUGGAGGACAAGCCAGAUGCCCGGGAGAUUGAGGUUGGUGUGGAUGAAGAGGGCUUUAUCUACUUGGCUUUCGAAGCCCCCGAAGCCCCCGACUCCUCAGAAUUUCAGUGGUCCAAGGACUACAAGGGCCCACCAGAUCCCCAGAGAGUCAAAACCGAGGAGGAAGUUAACAAGUCCAAGAUCAUCCUGAAAGAACCUGGCCUUGAGGAUUUGGGCACCUACUCAGUGGUGGUCACCGAUGCUGACGAAGACAUCUCAGCGAGCCACACACUGACCCAAGAAGAGCUGGACAAACUGAAGAAGUUGAGCCAUCUGGUCAGAAACCCAGUGAUCAAGCUCAUCUCCGGCUGGAACGUUGACGUCCUUGAGCAAGGAGAGGUGCGGCUUUGGCUGGAAGUAGAAAAGUUAUCUCCAGCCGCUGAGCUGCAUCUAAUCUUCAACGAGAAGGAGAUCUUCAGCUCACCGAACCGCAAAAUCAAUUUUGACCGAGAGAAGGGCCUGGUGGAAGUGAUCAUCCAGCACUUGACUGAGGAUGACAAGGGGACAUAUACUGCUCAGCUCCAAGACGGAAAAGCCAAAAACCAGAUCACCCUGGCACUGGUGGACGACGAUUUUGACAAACUACUGAGGAUGGCAGAUGCUAAGAGAAGAGACUGGAAGAGGAAACAGGGUCCCUAUUUCGAGGAGCCGUUGCAGUGGAAGGUCACGGAGGACUGCGAAGUGCUGCUGACGUGCAAGGUGACCAACACCAAGAAGGAAACCCAAUUCCAGUGGUUCUUCCAGAAGAAAGAGAUGCCCAAUGGUCAGUACGACCCACACACUGGAGAAGGGCUUCUCUGCAUCAAGGAGCUGUCCAAGGAGGACAGGGGGAUUUACAGAGCGACGGUUUCUGACACUCGAGGGGAGGAUGACACCAUGCUGGACCUCACAGGUGAAGUCCUGGAUGCCAUCUUCACUGAGCUGGGCAGGAUUGGUGCUCUCUCUGCAACCCCCCUGAAAAUCCAGGGAACUGAGGAGGGGAUCCGGCUCUUCAGCAAGGUCAAGUACUGCAACAUGCAGUACAUGAAAACCACCUGGUCCCACAGAGAGAAGCGCCUGGAGAGUGGUGACCGGCUGAGGGCUGGCACCACCCUGGAUGAGAUCUGGCUCCACAUCCUGGACCCCAAAGACUCAGACAAGGGCAAAUACACCCUGGAGAUAACUGCUGGGCAGGAAACCCGACAGCUCUCAGCCGAUCUCUCGGGACAAGCUUUUGACGACGCCAUGGCUGAGCACCAGAGACUGAAAGCCUUGGCCGUCAUCGAGAAGAAUCGUGCCAAAGUGGUGAGGGGCCUGCCAGAUGUGGCCACAAUCAUGGAAGAUAAGACCUUGUGCCUGACCUGUGUCAUCUCAGGAGAUCCCUCCCCAGAAAUCUCCUGGCUGAAGAAUGAUCAGCCUGUCACCUUCCUUGACCGCUACCACCUGGAGGUGAAGGGGACGGAGGUCACCAUCACCAUCGAGAAGGUCAACAGUGAGGACAGUGGGCGCUACGGUGUCUUCGUCAAGAACAAGUAUGGCUCUGAGACGGGUCAUGUCACCAUCAGUGUGUUCAAGCACGGGGAGGAGCACAGGGUGCUGGAGAAGAUGUGACGGGUGUGUUGGGGCACAACCUGAGGUCUGUCUGCAUGGACCAGUAGGGUCAACCAGUGGGUCACAGCCUGGCCGAGGCCAUGGGGGGUGGGGCAGGGUAGGCCCAGGACAAAGUGAUGAGAGUGGAGGGGACACACCAAACUGGAGAGGCAAUAACCUUGCUGGUCUUGAAAGGCCUCGGGGGCCGCUGAAUCAGCCCUGGCUUGGAAUGGGGUCCUAUGUGCACGAACCAGUUGCGACUCUAACCUCUUUGUGAGCCUUGCCUUGCUCACCUAGUAAAUGGGAAUUUCUACCCCAGAGAUUGUUUAUGAAAACCCUUUAUAAACCAUAUGCCAGUGGUUCUCAACAGGAGGCAGUUUUGUCCCCCAGGGGACAUUCGGCAAUGUCCCAAUUUUUGGUUGUUAUAACUGGGGUGGCUACUGACAUCUAGUAGGUAGAAGCCAGGGAUGUUCUCUGCCACACAGAAUCACCUGUCCCUACAUGUCAACUUGGGUGCUGAGGUUGAGGAAUCCUGACAUAAACUGAUGUAUCACAAUAUUCUUCCUUUAGGAGUCUAUGUGUUUGAUUCAUUUAAGUUCCCUGAACGUUCAUGUGAAGUCUACUGUUUGCCAGGCUGAGGAUAUUAUUGAAGCAUAAAGAUAAAUCAUAUGCAGCUCCCUCUCACAAGGAGGCCUCAGCCCAGUAAGCGAGACAGAGCGGGGUGCACAAGGCAGAUGGUAAGGAUGAUGAAACAGAUCCAAAUGAAGUGCCACUAGUGGUCAGAGAAGGGAAACAGAUGUUUGUCUCAGGAGGGGAAGGUGGGCUUUAAAACACCUUCACGGAACUGGCAGAAUGGAUGGGGGACCCUAAAAAAUGAGUCCGAUUUGGUGAUGGUAAUGGGCAAAGGACAUUCGAGGAGCAGGGCAAGGUGAGAGCAAAGGCAGGAAGGGGGGUGACGCUGCCUGGGCGGGUGGUAUUGGGUGCCAGGCCGUAGAGUGGGGUGACCUUCAGGACCUCUGCCUGGUGUGACAGAUACUGGUUGGCCUUGCUUGAUGGACCUCAGUUCAGAACUGGGCAGCUCACCGCCCUCCAAUUUCCUUCUUUUUUAAGAUUUGGAGGGAAUGGGGUUUAUAAAGUCAUAGAUGUUUGUUGUAAAACUUUGGAAAACCCUGAAAAUUAUAAAGGAGAAAAAUAAAAAUCAUCUAUAUUCCCAGCA